AUGACAGAAUCGUCGAAACUCUGGUACGAUAAGCCAGCUAACGAAUGGAACGAAGCUCUUCCCGUUGGAAAUGGUAGACUGGGCUGCAUGAUUCAUGGCCAUUCAGUAUGGUAUGGAGGACCACAACAUCGCGUCCCAGAAGAUGCCCUGAAAAACCUCCCAAGGUUGAGAGAGCAUAUAAGGGAACGCCGUCAUGCUGAAGCUGAAAAGCUCCCACUGGGAAAUGUCAAGGUCGAAUUCGGUCACGACGCUGACAAAGUGACGGACUACUGCAGAGAACUCGAUUUGAAUACGGCUAUCCACAGAACGGAAUACAGCCAUGCAGGUGCUAGAGUCAAUGUCGAGACACUGGCCAGUGUUGUUGACCAGGUCAUCUGUAUGCGGAUCCAGAGUAGCAGGGAACUGGAAUGUGCGGUCAGACUAACAAGAGAGAGCGAAAUCGACUACGAAAGCCAUGAAUAUCUGGACUCUUUGGAAACGAACGAAAAUCGCAUCACAAUGCUCGCAACACCAGGAGGACAUAAAAGUGUUAGAGCUUGUUGCGUUCUUGGCAUCACAGCAGACCAGGAAGGUACUGUAAAAGCUGAAGGCGGCUCAUUGGUCGUCGUUGCCAAAGAAGCACUUGUCGUGGUUUCUGCAAGAACGAGCUUCCGUCAUCACGACUUUCAAACUCUGGCGGCCGAAGACGUUUCUGCCGCGUUCGAACGUGGCGCUGCAAACAUCUGGGACUGCCAUAUUCAACGACACCAAUCACUCUAUCGCCAGAUGCUACUUACACUGGGUCCAACCUCGCCCGAGGAUGCACUUCCCACAGACCAAAGAAUUGGGAAGGGUACAACGCCAGCCUUGGUAGCUCUGUAUGCCAACUUCUCACGGUAUCUUCUUCUAUCUAGCAGUCGACCAUGUAACGGUAGCGACAGAAGGCUGGAUCUUCCAGCAAAUCUGCAAGGAAUCUGGAAUCCAUCGUUCCAUCCUGCAUGGGGAUCAAAGUUCACCCUCAACAUCAACCUACAGAUGAACUACUGGGGGUGCCUGCCAUUGUCUCUAGCACCAUGUAUGGAACCUUUGUUCUCUCUUCUCCACCGACUUGCCCUUCCAGAAAAUGGUGGCAGAGUCGCAAAGCAGAUGUAUGGUGCAAGAGGCUGGUGCUGUCACAACAAUACAGAUCUGUGGGCCGAUUGCUCACCUUGCGAACGCUGGAUGCCUGCUACACUUUGGCCUCUAGGAGGUGCAUGGUUGUCCUCUUUCAUCUGGGAACAUUAUCUCUUCACAUCCUGCCUCUCGACUUUGCGCAAGAACUUUCCAGUACUCGAAGGAGCAGUAGAGUUUUGCCUCGAUUGGCUCGUCCCUGAGAUUUUUACAGAUGGUAAAGAGUACAGAGUUACGAAUCCCAGUCUGUCGCCAGAGAACACUUUUCUCGAUGAACAAAGUGGGGAGAAAGGAGUGUUCUGCCGAGGCAGUACAGCAGAUCUAACGAUCAUAUCAUCACUUUUCGAAGACUAUCUGAAUGCUUGCAAGACUUUGCAACUCAAGCCACAUCUCCUACGCGAAGUAGGCCAGGCAAUGCUUGCACUCCCUCCCCCCACUAUUUGCAAGAAGACAGGCCGUUUGCAAGAAUGGGGAAUUGCUAAUCACGCCGAUGUCGAGCCUGGGCACCGUCAUGUCUCGCACCUUCUCGGUGUUUAUCCGUUCAAUUGCAUUGAUAUGGAUGCUUCGCCUCAGCUUUCUCGCGCAGCGCUACGUUCACUCGAGAUCAGGCUAGCCAAUGGAGGCGGACAUACUGGUUGGAGUCGUGCACACCUACUGUGCAUAUUCAGUCGCCUUCGCAUGCCAGAUAAGGUAGCUGAGUCCUUUCAUGCCCUGCUUGAUACCUCUACUCUACCGAAUCUUUUCUCUUCCCAUCCGCCAUUCCAGAUCGAUGGCAAUUUUGGCGCUGCGGCAGCAGUCGUCGAGUGUCUGGUCCAGAGUUUCGAGCUCACUGGCCACGGCCAGAGGGUUUUGAGAAUCUUACCUUGCUGGCCUAAAGAGUGGGGUGAUGGUGAGGUGAAGGGUAUCUCAUGCAGGGGUGGAUGGAGUGUGGGCUUCAAAUGGCAAGAUGGUAUGGUGGAGGGAUGUGUCGAGGUCCGCAGCGUCAUCGGAGAAGAUGACACCAAGCAGAAUGGAGGGCAUCAUGGAAGCAAUGGAGCUCAUGUUCCAAAUGCUGAAGAGAGAAAAGGUGUUGUCUUGUUUCCUGAUGGUCGACUUGUUGAGUUCGAAGGUCAUGGCCCGCACUUUUGUCAAGUUGAGUAA